GCUAUAAAAGAGAAAGCAGUGAGCAAUUCUCUUCAUCUCCUAAUCAACAAGAAUUGGCAUCAUCAUCUUCAAUAACAGCAUCACUAGCUUAGAUGGAUAGAACUGCUUCUGAUACUACUACUGCAGCAAAGGAAGCGAAGAUAAAAAGGACGUUGUCAUCGGAGGUGAUGAAGUUGGCAACACUGGCUGUUGAACUGAAUAUAACAGUCAGAUCAGCCAAUAUGCAUGUAGCGAUGCAAGAGAAAGCCUUUAUCUUCACCAGAAAACUUCUAACUGUCAACAAAUCCAAUACGAAGAACACCAAGCCAACACCCACCCAGAUAGCUCUUGCAAUCAAGAAGGAGUUCGAUGCAUCUUAUGGUCCAGCAUGGCACUGCAUAGUGGGGAAGAGUUUCGGAUCAUUUGUGACUCAUUCACCAGGUGGAUUCUUGUAUUUCUCUAUCGACAACCUCUAUCUUCUUCUCUUCAAAACAGAGGUCCAACCAGUCAUGCAGUGAUAAUCUCCAGUACUCCAGUAAACUGCUCAGAACAGAAUAGCUGUGUUGCUUAACAAGUACGUUGCGUGGGGUUAGUGUUGUAGACUUGUACUUCUCUCUGCCUCUGGAUGAUUUAUCAACAAGUACACUCCCACAAGCAGACAAGUGAGGAAAUCAUGAAAUGAAGCUAAAUUUUUGAAUGUAGUUUAUAAAUUUCUGAAAGUGUUAGUGAGGUUUAACUGUGUAUGCACCUCAUAAACAAUAGGAGGUCUAACAUAUAGAUACACACAGGAGUUAAAUGACAGAAUCUAUAUACAUGAUUACGAUCUA